UUCUCAGCAGCCCCUGCUUUCCUGCUGGGCAGGGACCCUCACUGUUGGGGUCCUUGUAGGACAGACAGGGCACAGAGCACCUAUGUGGGGAGCACAGUUUGCAUCCAGGGGUCCAGGCCCCCAGCGCAUCCCCCUCAGACCCAGGAGUCCAGGCCCCCAGUGCCUCUUCCCUCAGACCCAGGGGUCCAGCCCCAGCCUCCUCCCUCAGACCCAGGGGUCCAGCCCCAGCCUCCUCCCUCAGACCCAGGAGUCCAGGCCCCCAGCGCCUCCUCACUUAGAUCCAGGGGUCCAGGCCCCCAGCCCCUCCUCCCUCAGACCCAGGGGUCCAGCCCCAGCCUCCUCCCUCAGACCCAGGAGUCCAGGACCCCUUUCGCUGGGGUCCCAGUUAGCCAGGUCCCCAGCUCCGACAUCCCCCCGAGUCAGGUCCCAGGCCCGCGGCUGCAGGGACCCCCGGGUUGCAUCAUCUCUUUGGGCUGUCCUGGCCACCGUGGAAUUCUGGUUCCUGCCAAGUGGGUCAAAUAGCACGGAUCAGGCCCGGAGAGAGUGACUGGGCAGGUCUGCCUGCUAUAAAUUCUGGAGCUGCUGCACCUGUCCGAGGAGACGGGGUGUCCUGUCGGCGGGGACCCACAAGCAGAAGGACCCAGGCCCCAGCUGCCCUCCGGGAGCGGGCCCUCGCACACCAGCCAGUCUGGCACCGAGUCUUGACCGUCCCCACCCCCCGCCCCCAGACCACGGAGGACUUGAGCCCCUGAUGGACUGGGGCAAGGCCAAGUGCCGGCCCCCGGGGCUGUGGGUCCCCGCGCUCGCUGCCCUGCUGCUGGGGGCCUGCCAGGCACACCCCAUCCCCGACUCCAGCCCCCUCCUCCAGUUUGGGGACCAAGUGCGGCAGCAGCACCUGUACACGGACGAUGCGCAGGAAACAGAAGCCCACCUGGAGAUCAGGGCGGAUGGCACGGUGGUGGGGGCUGCCCGGAGGAGCCCAGAAAGUCUCUUGCAGAUGAAAGCCUUACAACCGGGGAUCAUUCAGAUCUUGGGGGUCCAGACGUCCAGGUUCCUCUGCCAGAGGCCGGAUGGCACGCUCUACGGCUCGCUCCACUUCGACCGCGAGGCCUGCAGCUUCCGGGAGCUGCUGCGUGAGGACGGGUACAACGUUUACCUCUCGGAGGCCCUGGGCCUGCCCCUGCGCCUGUCCCCCGGCAGCUCCCCACGCAGGGCGCCGGCCCCCCGGGGACCAGCCCGCUUCCUGCCGCUGCCCGGCCUGCCGCCAGACCUUCCGGAACCGCCAGGCCUCCUGGCCGCCGCGCCCCCCGAUGUCGACUCCCCGGACCCCCUGAGCAUGGUGCAGCCUGCGCUGGACCAGAGCCCCAGCUACACCUCCUGAAGCGCCGGGCCCCCUCUUUAUUUAUUGGGGUAUUUAUCUUAUUUAUUUUUUUAUUUUUUCUUACGUGGAACAAUAAAGACUCCA